GAUACGGGAGGAUGGGCUCGAGGCCGUGGAGCAGGGCCCAGGGGUGGGUGAGAGGAUGAGGGGCCGGGCCCGCGGCCGUGCCGCGAUGGUGCUCCUCUCGAAGGAACAGCGCCGGGGGGCCGAGCAGCCCCCGGGGAGGCUCCAGGCCAGACCCCUGCAGCGCCGAUGGCGGGUUCUGGCCGAGAGGAACCAGAGCGUGGCCCCCGUGGGCGCCUGGGUGGAGAGUGCGCCAGGGCAGCAAAGCCCGGCCUUUGCUGCAGCGUUCCGCGUGGAGGAGGAGCUGAGGGAGCAGCAGCGGAGGAAGGCAGCCAGGCUGAGGAGAUUCCAGGGCGAGGUGAGGCAGCGGGUGAACCGGCAGGUCAGGCUGCGCCGCGGGCACGAGCUGCAGAAGGCCCUUGAAGCAGCGGAGAGGGAGAGCUGUGUGGCUGCGCAGUGCUCGGCCCCCUGGAAGAACACGUGCCUGUUCCAGAGUCUCCCUGCUCCCAUCAUCUGUGGGCCCCGUGCUGGCUCCGGCCCAGCCCAGCCGCAGGAGGAGCCUGGGGAGCCGUUCCAGCAGCAGGCUGCCGAGCUCAGCAGGGCUGUGCAGCAGGUGCGGCGCAGGCUGGCGGCCUGCAGGACCGUGUGCCCCGGCGCCUGGAGGCAGGAGAAACCAGACCCUUGCCUGGCAGCUGCAGUGCCCGUGGAGGAGAGUGAGGAGCUGCUGCUGGCAGGACACCACGAUCUGCCUGCUGAGCUGCUGGGGCAGAGCACAGCCGCAAAUGGCGCUGAGCAGGAUGAUGACUUCUACAUCAAGAUUGAAUUUAAAAAAGUCUGUGAUGGGUUGGUGAAGGACUCGAGCCUGCCUGGGCCUCCUGGGAGGCCACACAGUGAAUGCCAACCUGCCCUCAAACUCUGGGCUGGUGUUGACCAAGAGGAAACCAGGAAGCAGCGGCAGAGGGAGUUCCUGCGGUGCCGGCGCCUGUUCAUGGCCGUGGAGCGGGAGCGAGCGCGGGAGCGGCAGCGGCAGCGAGAGAGGCAGCACAGAGUUGCCCAGAUCAAGAGGCAGAAGGAGAACCAGCGCUGGGCAGAGGAGCAGAGGAUGAGAGACACGGCUGAGCAGCGAGAGUCCUCCCUGGCAGAGGGAGCCUGGGAAGCCCUGGCCCAGCUCCACCUGGAGGAGAGGAGAGUGAGGGACAGACAGCAGCGGGAUAAGGAGCACACGAGGUAUGUCGAAGCUCUGAGAGCCCAGAUGAGAGAGAAAGUCAAAUUCUGUAACAUCGACCUGCCCCCAUUGUGUUCCUGUGGGUCUGACUUCUGGGAUUCCCACCCGGAUACCUGUGCCAAUAACUGCGUCUUCUACAAAAACCACAAAGCCUACAGCCAGGCCCUGCACUCGGUGAUCUCCUCCUGUGCCGCAGCCGCGCCGCCCCUCCGCGACCCGGCCGCUCUCUGUGCCCGUGCAGGGAGGAGACGUCUGUGACCAAGGCAGCGCCGUGUCCCGGCGAGCCGGGAGCGGGGCUGCGCCGUGUCCCGGCGAGCGGGGAGCGGGGCUGCGCCGUGUCCCGGCGAGCGGGGAGCGGGGCUGCACCGUGUCCUGGCGAGCGGGGAGCGGGGCUGCACCGUGUCCCGGCGAGCCGGGAGCGGGGCUGUGCCGUGUCCCGGCGAGCAGGGAGCGGGGCUGUGCCGUGUCCCGGGGAGCGGAGCUGUGCCGUGUCCCGGCGAGCGGGGCUGUGCCGUGUCCCGGGGAGCGGAGCUGUGCCGUGUCCCGGCGAGCGGGGCUGUGCCGUGUCCCGGGGAGCGGGGCUGCACCGUGUCCCGGCGAGCGGGGAGCGGGGCUGCACCGUGUCCCGGCGAGCGGGGAGCGGGGCUGCGCCGUGUCCCGGGGAGCGGGGCUGCGCCGUGUCCUGGCGAGCAGGGAGCGGGGCAGUGCCGUGUCCCGGGGAGCGGGGCAGCGCCGUGUCCUGGCGAGCGGGGAGCGGGGGCAGUGCCGUGUCCCGGCGAGCGGGGAGCGGGGCAGUGCCGUGUCCUGGCGAGCGGGGAGCGGGGCUGUGCCGUGUCCUGGCGAGCAGGGAGCGGGGCUGUGCCGUGUCCUGGCGAGCAGGGAGCAGGGCUGUGCCGUGUCCUGCCUGCGCCUCCACUCCACUGCCACACCGCUGUCACCUUUGCUCUCCCGGUUUGUGCCGUGCCUCUCCCACUGCUCCGGGUGUGCAGCUGGUCGGGGUGAAGGGGGCAAUUGCUCUGUGGGGUUGGUUUAUGGCAGGCACUUGCAUUCCAGCAUUUGACUGUGAAAUAAACUGUUU